CUGAAGUUCACAAGAGCAAAAGAGGUGAAUGGGGAGAUGGGCCUAGAGGUUGCAGAAGCAUCUCUGUCCCUCUGAGGACAGAGGAGGAGGAAAGGAGAGGAGGAAGGCUUUGUCAUGUUGCAUAUUGGGAGAAAUUGGUCAUAUUGUCAUGCAGAGGGAGUAGUGGAAGAGAAGACUGGAGAAGUGACAAGGGCAAUGAGUCUGAGGUUUGGGAAAGCUAGAAAAGUCAUGUUGCUCAGCUAGGAGAUGUCUGAACUGAAGAAAGGAAAAAGGAAGCUGCAAAGGAGGAAAUGAGCCUGGAGACUCACCAGAGGCAUUGGAAGGAAUGCCUUGAAAGAAUGAAAAAUGCUGCUAAAAGAGACAGUGGGAUGUGGCGAUCAGAGAGAAGGCUAAAAGAAAUGAGGCCAUAGAAAUCAACAAGGCUGAAAGCAGUUCAAAUUGGUAAAAAUGACUGAUGGUAAGGAGGACCCUGCUGUGUUCACCUCCACUUCUCUGCCCUCAGACCCACGAUUUUUAGCUACAGUGACUAAUGCUUACCUGGGCACCCGUGUGUAUCGGGACAUCCUCCAUGUCAACGGGGUGUAUAACGGAGCUGUGGGAGACACACAUCGUGCUGACAUCCCCAGCCCUGUCAAUGUUAGAAUGACCAAGCCUAAUACAGACAAAGUGACAGAGACCUUCACCUUGAAUACCCGGACAGGAAUUUUCAGCCAUGUGCUUCAGUCAGCUGAUUAUACAGCCACCCAUCAGAUCUAUGCUCACCAUUCCCUGGUUCAUUUGAUGGCCUUCAGCAUCACCAUCCAGCGAUCAGCUCACACUAGACAACCCAUCGUGAUGCAGCUCCAGAUUCCUUUUGUGCUGAAGAGCCAGGACCUAGACCUGUAUCAGGGACCAGACUUCCAGGGAGCACACUACAUCUAUGGGAAGACGUUGGUUCCUGAGGUGGAUGGGGGACCCCAGCCCACAGUUCACAUGCUCUGGACUCCAGUGCCGCAAACUGUGACCUUGCAUGGGGAGGAGCAGGAGAAAACCUGGGAAUUCCUGACUGCUGUGGCUGAGAGCGAAGAGGAAGUAAAGAGGUGCUACAGCGAAGGGAUGGCUCACAUUACUGCUUGCACUCUGUACUCCUCCCACGUGGAGGCCUGGGCAACACUUUGGAGAGGAUGCUGCAUAGACCUGGAUGGCCCUAUGCCUUUGCGACAGGCUCUUUAUGGCUGUCUCUAUUACCUACUGAGUGCUAUCCCUCCCCUUGGGAACCCCGACUUCCUUUUCCAUGGCAUCAGUCCUGGUGGCUUAUCCAAUGGCAGUCAGGGUGAAGACUACUGGGGGCAUAUCUUCUGGGACCAGGACACUUGGAUAUUCCCAAGCAUCCUGCUAUUUUAUCCUGAAGCGGCCCGAGCCAUCUUGGAGUACCGGAUUCGCAUGCUGGGAGGAGCUUUACGCAAUGCACAGGAGCAAGGCUACAAGGGUGCCAAGUUUCCUUGGGAGAGUGCAGCCACUGGUCAGGAAGUCUGCCCAGAGGAGAUUUAUGGAGCUCAAGAAAUUCAUAUCACUGGGGAUGUUCUGAUGGCCUUUGAGCAGUAUUAUCACACCACACAGGACCAGAAGCUGUUCAGGGAGGAUGGAGGCUGGAACCUAGUUGGUGCUGUGGCUCAGUACUGGUGCAGCAGGAUGGUAUGGAAUGAGGAGGAGCAAUGCUACCACAUCAAAGGUGUCAUGCCCCCAGAUGAGUAUCAUUACCGAGUUGAUAACUCUGUUUACACCAACGCUUUGGCCCAGAGGAGUUUAAAUUUUGCAGCUGAUGUUGCGCAGGACUUCUUGAUCCCCGUACCAGAGGAGUGGGUGGAGUGUGCCAAGAAAGUCAAAAUACCAUUUGAUGCAGAGAAGAAAUACCAUCCUGAAUAUGAUGGUUAUAGCCCAGGUGAGCCUGUGAAACAAGCUGAUGUUGUCUUGCUUGGGUUCCCUCUGAUGUACCCCAUGAGUCCGGAAGUCCGGAGAAAUGACCUGGAGAUGUAUGAAUCUGUCACUGUGCUGGAUGGGCCAGCCAUGACCUGGAGCAUGUUUGCAGUGGGCUGGCUGGAGCUAAAGGAAGCGCAGAAAGCACAGAGUCAACUGAGCAAAUGUUUCAGCAACAUCACCGAGCCCUUCAAGAUCUGGGUGGAGAACUCUGAUGGAUCAGGAGCUGUGAAUUUCUUGACAGGGAUGGGUGGAUUCUUGCAAGCUGUCCUCUUUGGUUACACAGGGUUCAGGAUUACAAAGACAAGCCUUCGCUUUGACCCUGCAUGUCCUACUGAUAUUAACAAGUUGAAAGUCACUGGAGUCUCCUACAUUGGCAACAAACUGAAGUUCACCAUCAGAAAAGAAAAGAUCAAGAUCAAAGUGACCAAGUCUUCCCUUGACCCUCCUGCAUCUCCCCUGGAGGCUGUGCUGGAGGAAUCAGGGCAGCGAUUUCCUUUAUUUGAAGGGCAGAGUGUCUCUUUUCCCAUCUCAGCUGGCUGGAUUCAGAAGUCUUCCACUGAGGCAUUUUAAACCCCAGCAGAUCUGGGGUUUACAUGGCAAGUACUAAUAUCACUAGAGCUGCAGAAACAAGUCAAAGAGCAGAAGCUGGCAGAAUAGAAAGGUCAAGGCACCCUGUGCUGCUGUGAGGUGCAUGGUGUGGAAGGCUGAUGUCCUGGUCUGUAUCAUAAACCCUUUGCCUCUGUGGGACUGCGUAUGCCUUUCCCUUUCUUUGUAGCCAUUGGGAACAUGCCAGGCUGGGAGGGGCAGUACUGGGAAAUAUAGGCUUUGGGAGUCAGUUUUUAUUGACUUCUGAAUUUUGCUUGACUCGUUAUCUGGUACCUUGUCUUUCUGGCUCUUCUGUGGAUUUACAGGCCAAUGUUCUUCUCUUCGUUGAGAUCCCCUCUGCGGCUUCUCUCUUUAAGCACUGCUUCUAGGCCUUGUGUUACCCUUAUAUGUGAGACAUCCUGGAGCUUCCUCCAGUCCAGCCAUUUCCAAGCUCUCACCAUUGCUGGGGUGGCAAUAACUUUCUUGGUGAACCUGAGCAUCUCUUUCUCUUUUGGGGGACAGUGAGACCUUUAAUGUGCCCUUAAAAUCUCUCACUGAGGUUUAGUGGUGGGGGGGGUGAGUGAGUUUGUUUUGUCUUCUCUGCUAAAAGCCAGCUGCUUCUCCCUGAGAUCAAUGCUUGAUAAUGAUCUUUCAUUCAGAGUUGAGGAUUUGUACCAGGGUGAAGGUGGAAUAGUUAGGCCCAGUUUGAAGCAAAUUACCUACAACCUCCUACAAUCCUGGGAAUGCUAAACUCCAAGUAUUUCGCUGACUUAGCUGUUUGGCUGAAGCUAGUUAACAGCUAAUGCUGUCUCUGCACUUCCUGGAUGGCCUCACCACACAAGUCUGUGUGAACAUCCUGCUGGCUCUGACCGCCUUAUUUGGGUUUGGUUCUCUGCUGUUCCCUUACACGAGUGUAAAUGGGCUAUGGCCAAAGAGGAAAAUCCCCUGUUAAGAAAUAACACUAGUGUUUGCCGUUCUGUGAACUGAGUAUGUAGGAGGCAUGUGACCACAUUCUGGGAACAGAAGUGACGUGAUCAAAGAUGAGAGUCUGGAAGCUGCUAUUGUAAACAUAUUUUCUAAACACUCAUGACUAAUUUAUUCUUUAAACAUUUCCAUUUGUAAGGAUACCUCUAGCUGAAAUAAUUGUAUUUAAUCCAGCAUGUAUGUGCUCUAAUUCUCACAUACGUGCUGACUUUGUCCUUUCUUCCUUCCUUAUGUAGCUCAGGUUUUCAAAGGGAUUUGGAAACUCAGCCAUGAAUACUUUGACACAUCGCUUUGAAGUGUAAGCAAGCAAAAAAAGCUUUGUGCUAUGGCCAGGGGAUCCUCUUCUGUCCCCAGAGUUUUCCUAUGCAGACCAACCUGGAUGCUGAGUUUCAGGCUUUCUCAGCCCUUGGGCACUGUGUGGCAGGGAGCUGGUGUAAGAUAGCACGGCCCAACAGACAGGGCAUAAGUCUGGGAGUUGGCAGUCAGCUCCCAGCUCUGUCCCUGGCCUACUGGUGAUUUAGUUUUCCCCUUUCCUGAAAGCUGUAUUAUUGUUAAGCAAGUUAUUGUGAUUUUUCAAGUGGUUGAUGACAACUUCAACUUCAUAAAAACUCUUAACUUUAUUAAGGAUUGUUGCAAAGUAGAUGAAGCAGGACUAAAGGUGAUCAUUACUUUAAUGUUAGUUGCAAAAUAAACAAAAAUCUAUGUUAAUCUGAGUUACUGGAGGGCCUAUCCUGCGCUCUUCUCAGAGGCAGUGGCAUGGCUGAGUAAUAGGCGUCUUCCGUAGCCGCUACACAGGAACUCUGAAGCAGUUGAAAGCACUUUAGCCCAUUUUGGCUGGUGUACUGUUCCUUUUCUUUCAAGUUACUCUGAUUUUAGCACUCAUGUCAAACAAUUAAAGUUUUUAUUCCUUU